CAAAUCAACUCCAUUCAUUCAUUGACGCGCCGGCCGGCCGGCCAGUCGUCAGAGAGAAUCUGAAGGUAACUAACGACGGUUACGCGCCGAUUUUAUAACGAACUCUUCGAACAUUUAAAAAAAAGAAACGCGUUUGACAUAAAUGACAGUUGUUUUGAAUUGAAAAUAUUGACUAGCGUUGUAAAGUGUAUGGUGUAUAGACGUGCUUAUUGUGGAUUUUAUUUGUGUUUUGAUGAUUUUGGUGUGGUGUGACAUGUCAUUUGGUGUGAUGUUGUGGUAAGGCGAUGCUUGUGGGAGAGCAGUCGCCGGCGCCGCGGGUGGUGGCCGGUUUGCGAAAACUCCGGCCAGAGCUUACCCCUGGACCUGUACCUACUCCUGCAGACCCCAAUUUAAGGAUAUCAGGCGUCCUUCGCCAGUACUACUCCGACGAUGCCACGUCCUGGGCGUGGGUGCGUGCUGCCGUCCGCGGCGGCUGCCUGCUCGCCUGGCGUGACGGCACGCUGCCCCGCCGGCCGGCGGCCCGGCUGCCCCUGCGACACCUGCACCUGCGGCCCGCGCCGAGCCUCGCCAACGCCUUCCAGCUGUCGCGACUGCGGGAUGACGCCUCCGUCGCCACUUUUCAGACUUGCAAUGCGGCGGAAUACGCCCGCUGGGUGCGCGCGCUGUGUGUCGAAAUACUACGUCAGACACCACUGCCACAAGUCCGGUUUCUGGACGUACUACCGGCGGCAGACACAGGCAGAGAACCAAAGAAAGAGGCUCCUCAGCAGGAGACGCCGGCGGGCCCGCCUCGCCCGCCGCCGCGAGCCCGCCGGCGACUGCUGACGUCACCGGAGACCCUCCUACCGCGCAGGGACCACUCGCCGGCCGCGACUGAUGAGGGCAUCGUCGUAGAAGACGACGACUACGACUCAUCGUCCGACCGCAGCCUCGACCUGACCCUCUCCCUCGACGCCUUGAAGACCACAGACGUGGUCGAUGCGCCCGUACGGACGGCUGAGGUCAUCAAAUGCGACAAUUGCAGCAAAUUGAGCGCGAGCGCGCAGCAACAUCACACGCUGCCGCGCGCGGCGAGAUCUAGCGAAUUGGAGCAAGGUCGACACCGGUACCUCAAGCGCUGGGAGGGGACGGCCGGCGGCGCGGAGCGGGGCAGGGUCGCCAUGGAGGCGGCGCGCCGCAAGACCUCCGCGCUCGAGAGCCGCGCGCGCUCCUGCUCGCCCAACGCCCACGAAGCGAUAGCUCAGUAUGUUCCUGUCAGAGAACGUAGGGCAUUGUUCGAGUCCCUCUCGCAGAGCGGCGGCAGCCUGGCGCGCAGCACGGAGCAGCUGCCGACGCGGCCGCCGGCGGUGCUGGAGCCCGCGCCGCGGCGCGCCGCCUCGCUGCACGACCUGCAGGCGCCGCCCUCGCGCUCCGUCAGCGACCUGCGCCAGUUCUUCGAGGCGGUGGCGCGCGGCGGCCCUUGCUCCGCUGGCUUGCAGCGGCACAGUGCACCACCCAAUCCCAUACGCGCUUUUGCUUCUCUCACCUGCGCCUGAUAGUGACUUGGAAUGUUUCCAUUGUGAGAUUUGCGGCGAUUGUUAGCGAUAAACUGCAAAAAAAGUGCUGAAUAGACUGUGCGCGACAAAAAACACGCGAUUCGAAUGUGCCAAUGAGAACGAUUUGUGUGAUGGCGCCCUGACCGUUCCUGUACAUAUUGUAGAUAGACUCACGGCGUUGACCGCCGACCGUCUCACUAAGUCGUUCGUUUUAA